CUAUAGCUGAGCUGUCGUCGUGUGCGUCCGUCCGCUUGGUGCCGGCGAAGUCGUCACCAUGAGUCGCAGCUACAACGAUGAGCUCGGUUACCUGGACAAAAUUCACAAGAAUUGCUGGAGGAUUAAGCAAGGCUUCGUACCCAACAUGCAGGUGGAAGGGGUAUUUUAUGUCAAUGAUACUCUAGAAAAACUGAUGUUUGAUGAGCUUCGAAAUUCAUGCCGUGGGGGAGGUGUCGGUGGCUUUCUGCCAGCAAUGAAGCAGAUUGGAAAUGUGGCAGCAUUACCUGGUAUUGUUCAUAGAUCCAUUGGGCUUCCUGAUGUCCAUUCGGGUUAUGGGUUUGCAAUUGGAAACAUGGCAGCCUUUGAUACGGAGGACCCAAAUGCUGUAGUAUCCCCAGGUGGCGUGGGUUUUGAUAUAAAUUGUGGAGUGCGAUUGCUGCGUACUAACCUCGAUGAAGGAGAUGUUCAACCAGUGAAGGAGCAACUGGCUCAAGCCAUGUUUGAUCACAUUCCUGUAGGAGUUGGAUCCAAAGGAGUAAUUCCAAUGGGUGCAAAAGACUUGGAAGAGGCUUUGGAAAUGGGAGUGGACUGGUCUCUGCGGGAAGGUUAUGCUUGGGCUGAGGAUAAGGAACACUGUGAAGAAUAUGGGAGGAUGCUGCAAGCUGAUCCUUCCAAAGUCUCAUCAAAGGCCAAGAAGAGGGGAUUACCCCAGCUGGGGACAUUAGGUGCUGGAAAUCACUAUGCUGAGAUUCAAGUGGUAGAUGAAAUCUACAAUGACUAUGCAGCACGCAAAAUGGGAAUUGAUCAUAAGGGCCAGAUUUGUGUUAUGAUUCACAGUGGCAGCAGAGGAUUUGGACACCAGGUUGCAACAGAUGCGCUAGUGGCUAUGGAGAAAGCGAUGAAGAGGGAUAAUAUUAUUGUCAAUGACAGACAGCUGGCCUGUGCCAGGAUCAAUUCCCAAGAAGGUCAGGACUACCUUAAAGGCAUGGCAGCAGCUGGAAACUAUGCUUGGGUGAAUCGCUCCUCUAUGACCUUUCUGACACGACAGGCAUUUGCCAAAGUUUUCAACACCACCCCGGAUGAUCUGGAUAUGCAUGUGAUCUAUGAUGUAUCGCACAACAUAGCCAAAGUAGAAGAGCAUGUGGUGGAUGGGAAACAGAAGACUUUGCUGAUCCAUAGGAAGGGUUCUACAAGAGCCUUCCCACCUCAUCAUCCUCUUAUACCAGUUGACUAUCAGUUAACUGGGCAGCCUGUUUUGAUUGGUGGAACAAUGGGAACCUGCAGCUAUGUCCUUACUGGAACAGAACAAGGCAUGACAGAAACCUUUGGGACUACCUGCCAUGGGGCGGGGCGAGCUUUGUCACGUGCAAAAUCCCGACGUAAUCUUGAUUUUCAGGAUGUGUUGGACAAAUUAGCUGAUAUGGGAAUUGCUAUUCGUGUUGCUUCACCUAAACUGGUAAUGGAAGAAGCUCCCGAAUCCUACAAGAAUGUGACUGAUGUUGUCAAUACUUGUCAUGAUGCAGGGAUCAGCAAAAAGGCAAUUAAACUACGGCCUAUUGCAGUUAUAAAAGGUUGAUAGAAGCAUAUUGAUAGUUUACAUUAGAAAUCUGUAAGAUGGACCAUCUUAUUAAACUACUUUUUGUGGAAAAAUCCUGUUACUCUGCCACACACAUAUGGAAUUUUAAGUUUUGUUACAGUGAAGUACCACUGUACAUUUUCCAUUAAGUUAAGAGUACAGAAUUUUGCAUUUUCAUUUUGAAAACUCAAUGAAAUGGAUUAAGUACAAUAAAUUAAUAGGCUAAUUUUUUGUUUAAAAAGUUUCUUGUCAUGAAUCAGUUAAAGUAAUCCAGGAAAAGAUUGUUUUUGUUUAGUGCAUAGUACUCUAUUCAAAGUUAUUUUACCUUAGCAACUGUCACACUGAAUAUCUAUGGAGA